AUGCCAAGUAAACUGGAGAGCAUGGUGUUGGUCAUCGAUCGGCCUACCAGGUUAGCUUCGUUUGGGCCGUUGGAGAACCUGGCCCGUCGUAUGUUGGGUAGACCGACUUCAGUUAGAUGGCCCCACAGCGCCAUUGUGAUGCCUGUUCGUCUGAUGACUGAAAGCGAAAUGUGGGAGCUGGAGGAUUUCAAUAUAUCUCCGAUCCUUUCAACGCAGCCACCCCCUCUGCGCUAUCGUAAACUUGCGCAGCCGACCGAUUGUGAGACAGGCGAAAACAACGGGAAUAAUACCACCAAUAGGGAGGUCACUUGGGUCAGAGACCGCAUCGAAGAACGAGAAAAGCACUUGUCCACUCGUUGGGCAAUUGUGUUCAACAAGGACACUAAACCAGACACGGAGCUUUGCCAACCGGUAUUGUUAUUAUCUCGCAAAUUAGAUGGGUGGACAAUCAGACGAAGACCUUCAUCAAACGGUAAAAACUUGUUCCGUCUACUCCCCAUAUUCGCUGAAUCGAAAGCGGCGAAUGGUGAUCAAUUAUGCCUUACUGUUCCUGAGCCUGGCAGUUCAUGGUUCCGCCCGUCCAUGCGUUCUGAUUCCGGUCAUGCAUCUAAAAAGCGAUCCUCUGUGCCAGCUCUUAGGACUGAACCGGCUCAUGGGUUAUGCGAUGAUUUGACCCUUGAUCUGUUGGAUUUAUCUCUGGAACACGAUAUUCCCAUGCCAUCAUUCAAUCACAUCAUGCUCAGUCGAAAUAGCUGUCCUGCAUUUAACUUAUCCAGCCUGUUUCAUCCAGGUCAAGUUGUGAUCUCACUGGCUCUUCAAACUCAUGGAAACACAGGCGAGGAUGCGAGUCGUUUGUGCUCUCUACCCACGACCGCUAUGGCUGCCCAACUGAGACUACCUUAUGUGGCCGUCGCUCGUUUAACUGGAACUGUGCUGGUCACUGUUUCUAAGUGCCUGGAAAAUUCCACAUCGGAGGAUCCCGUCGAUAAAACUGAGAACACGAAACGGGAUGACAAACCUCGUAAUGGUAAAAAGUCUCAACAAGUAUGGAAUGUCGGAUUCAAUCUGCGCCGGAAUAAGUCCCGAGCUCAGGUGCUUGGCUGGUCGCGCUUCUGUCCCGUUCUCUCGAAGUGGCUAUUUUCCAAACGAACACUUGCACUUCUGAAUGAUUAUCACAAACGUUACCCGAAACUGUGGGAACUAGUGGUCAAUGACUGCCCUCCGUCUAGCGGCCCAAUCACGGUUGACAUGACCAGUGAGGAACUGAACAGCGUAGUUGAGUUUUUGGAACAGUCCGGUUGCCGAAACGCACAGCUAGCCACGAGCAGUGGGAGGUAUGUGGACGAUGAUCACGUAAAAAAACUGCGGGAUCUUUUGUUUCCCUCGACGCAUGCCGAAGGUGAAUCAAAAACUAAUGUGGACUCGGAAAAGCUCCGGCUGACGCAUCGUUUUUCCCCGCUAGAUCGUGCCCAAUGGUCGUCACUUCCCGCCGUUCAAUGCACUCCCGUCAGUCUGUUCAUGGUCAGUGCACGAUUGUUUGCUUAUUCUGACUCUUCUACAGCCCACUUCAUACCUGUCAACACAACACGCAACCUCUAUCCAUCCGGAGAGCUACUACUCAACGAUGGCGGAAAAGUGAAAUUCGGUUCCGCGGUCCUAAAAUCGUUCGGACUAAUGGACCGUGUUGUGUUUUGUAAGAACGGGCAAACCAUACCGAUGGGCUUGUUUGGAACUGUUAUUGGAAUCCCUUCAGACGGAACGGAGCGUGUAGAAGUGAUGUUCGACAAAGAAUUCGAUGGGGCGACAGAUAUUCGGGGUUCGGGACCUUGUUCUGCUGUCGUACAUUCGUCCUUGCUUAUAAAACUUCCUGUACAGUCGCCAAUGCCUUCGUUGAAUGGAAAACGUGAACCGAAUUUGGUAUCUGGGACAACUGUCAACGUUUGUUCUCGAGCGGAUGAGCUAAAAGAACUCAAUGCAUUGUUCUCUCUGGUGAUAAACAAUCCAUCAGAUGCGGUCGAUUUUCAGCAAAACCAAACCGAUCAAACCAACAGCUCUGCUGAGAUUUCCGUUGUAAAUAAUGAAAAAAGUCCGGAACCCGCUUCUGAUGUCAAGCUCAAUUCAGAUCCCUUCCUUUGUGACAUAACAUCUAGUCCGCCACAACCACCUCUGCCCCCAGCUUCGUGGUCGUCUCGAAGUACACCCAAAGUUGCAAAAGCCAAAACAAACUCCAAACUUAAGAAGAAUCGAAUGAUGAUGACGCCGCAGUCGUCAGAGAUUCCACCAAACCAUCGUAAUGCAACAAUACCUGUGGUCCCAGAUUCCAUAUCAGGUCCCAGAUGGCUCCCUCCGCAUCCAGCGAUGUCACAACCACGUAGUGCCGGUCCGUAUAACACAUUUCCCAUGCGACAUCCUUGUUUACCUUACUUUGGUUCAAAUAUGAGUCAACCCAAUAAUUUCAAUAAUAUCAAUGGAGCGCAAUUCUUGCCCGGACCUCAUAAUCCUGCUCCAUACUACGCACAACCCAUGCCAGUUUAUGCACGAAUGCCAGUAGCACAAGAGUGGCCGUCAUCAGGAUCCCGAAUGCAGUUUUUCAAUCGCAUGCCUGGUAUACCACCGGCGCCUCCGCAGGAAAUGUUCACCUCUCCUACCUACCAUCCACCACGGCGAGCUCCCAUGGUUCCAUUACAACAGGGAUUUUACCGGGAUCCUUACUACGAACUGUAUUAUGGCCAGUUGAGACAUCAGUAUCGUCCACCCUAUUAG